AUGGACCUUCUUCCAGAGGGAACUAUCAAUUCUCAUGAGACUGAUGAAACGCCCAUAGCGAAGCGAAGAAAGAUACGAAAGGGAACCCGUAGCUGCUGGGAAUGCAGACAACGGAAGAUGAAAUGCAUAUUCAGCAAACCAACGGACAAUAUAUGCACCCGCUGUCGUCGGCGUGGAGUGAAGUGUGUUAGCCAAGAAUGCCCAGAGGAGAUCACUUCUUCUCUAGAUCGGAACCUCCAGUUAGGAGACCGCAUGGCAAGAGUCGAGAAUUUGAUCGAGCAACUACUUGAUAAGAGUUCUGGCGAUGUCAAACUAUCGGAUCGGCAUGAAGUAGGGAAUAAUGGUGCAGAUGGGAACCCUGGUGCUCUCAUAUCUACCUCACUCACCUCUGAGACCUCACUGACUGCAAAUAUCCUGAAUCCUUUGGAGACACUUCACGCAUCUUUACCAUCGCUGGAGGAUAUAAAGAAAAUCCUGAAAGCAUGUGGUAAUACAUCUUCUUUGUUCUAUCAAAUGCAGACGGUACCUUAUAACUGCCUCGACGAAACAAUAUCUCUCGAGAACUUGUUCGCAAAACCAAGUCCCAACGCUCACCCUGUUGUCAUAGCAAAACACAUGCUCAACACCGCUACUGCUUUACAGCAUCUUCACCCAGAUUUUGCUUCAGAUAUGGACGGGCUGUCGGAGCCACCCCGUGCCAUGAUGAGAAGAUUGGCUGGAAUAGCCAUGAAUAUCGUGACGACAAAUGAUGAUCUCAUUAGCUGCGUUGAGGGACUGGACUGUUUACUGCUAGAAAGCUGGCAUCAUACUAAUAAUGGAAAUCUUCGAAAAGGCUUGAUCUCUGUGCGGAGAGCUAUGACUAUCGCACAGCUAAUGGGCUUCCACCGACCAGGAAAGGCGCAUUGCAAGCUCGUUCAUCAGCAGACAAAAGCCUAUCCAGAAUUUGUCUGGUUUCGAAUUAAUUCCCUGGAGCGCUAUCUGUGUUUAAUGCUAGGGCUUCCACAAAGUACCCAGGACCACAGCAUGGCCUCCGAAAGAAUACUAUCAGGCGAUACACCUAUGGGACGACUUGAUCGUAUACAUUGUGUGAUUACCUCACGAAUCCUUGAGCGCAACGAAUUAAGUCCAGAAUUACAAGAAUUUUCCCUGACCCGGGAAUUGGAUGCAGAAUUACAAAAGGCAUCGAAAGGCUUGCCAGCAAAGUGGUGGCUCACCCCCAAUUUGGCCACAGUUUCAGAUCAACCAGAGGCAUUAUUCUGGGAUAUGCGACGGCUGUUUCAUCACCUCUUUCAUUACAAUCUCCUCAUUCAACUCCACUUGCCUUGUAUGCUGCACUGCCUGGUAACGGGACAAAGAUAUGAAUAUCCCCAAAUUACCUGCGUCAACUCCGCGCGUGAGGUACUUUCGCGUUUCAUUAUGUUCCACAGCUUUAAUCGGAUCGCCUUCAGCUGCCGUACAAUCGAGUUCAUGGGCUUGAUGGCGGCAAUUACUCUUUUACUAGCGCACAUCGACGGAAAUCAACGUUGGGUUUCUUCCCAAUAUCUUCAACAGUCACAGAACCCUGCGAUACCGACUGGAAAUUUGUUAGCCCAUCAGAGACCUGGCGAUCGUGCUUUAAUAGAAAAUGUGCAAGAUAUUCUGAAUGAAGUGACUCGACUUGAAGACGAUACCAUGAGCGUCCAAAUUUCGACCAUUUUGCAGCGUUUGAUGGACAUUGAGGCCGAGGUCGCCGAUGGACCUACGGAAAAUAUGGAGCAGACUACAGCUACCAUAGAGAGGUCAAAGAGCCCGAAAAGUCAAGAUCCUGUUCGAUUGUCAAUCCCUUACUUUGGAGGAAUCAGCAUUGCUCGGGAGGGAAUUAUCUUCAAUAGCCCGGCCAAGACACAAUCAAGAGCCGCGGAGGCCGCUCAGUCUCAACUUCGAAUCUUCGGUCGAUCCGAUAUGAAUGCUUUCAAUACAGAGUCGGGAGGGGCCUCUUUUGCUUCUAAUGCGCAAAAUGUCAAUUUUGAAGUCCCAAACAAGACACCAAAUGACCGAACAGAUAAUGAAGCUCUUUUGAUGGGCACUGUACAGCCUAAUGAUCUUCCAGUCCAAAUCAAUGGCAUAGGUCAGAGUGGCUAUGAGAAGGUGACUAAUGAGGAUUAUACUCAACAACUUCAUGAUGAUAUUUUGAGUGCUAGCAAUGAUGACAGAGCGCCGCAGAACUUGAAUCCUGAUAUGGCCUUUUUUGAUACUCUAAUGAGACAAAUUGGAAAUGAUGGAAAUGACAGCAUUGAUUGGCUGGCUUGGCUUAAUGAUGGCCAGCCUCUCAAUAACUAG